UAUGAGUACUAUAUAACUAUACUCGAAUCUCUGCCUUAAAAAAGCCGCUACCAAUACAUUCAGGCAACAGUCGCUCAUACACCCAAGCUUCUCACAGGGACAGCUCCAGGCGUCCCAGAUCAAGUUUACGCAAAGUACCCCUUCUAAACACCCUCCUACACCAAUCGAGAACCAAAACAAAUACACCCAAUAUGGCUUCGGAAUCGCGUGUAUUUCCUUGCAACACUUGCAACUUGAAAUUCGAAUCCAGCGAGCUUCAGCGCUCGCACAUGCGACAGCCUUGGCAUAUCCAUAACCUCAGGCGUCGCGUAGCUGAACUACCAGCACUAUCAGAGAGAGAAUAUCUCACACAGUCCACCACAGGCCAGGUACCCACAAUCCGACUCGACAAUAGCGACAGCGACAGCGACAAGCAGCACAAAAAGCGACCAUCUCCCGAACCUCAAAGCUCAUCCGAUUCCAUACCAGGAGAAACCACAGAGACAGAAGGAGAAUCGUCAAAAACUGUACCCCCCACCCAAUGCCUCUUCUGCAAUACCGUCUCGCCAACGCUAGAUGCAAACGUCGAGCACAUGUUCUCAACACACGGCCUCUUCAUCCCCUCGCAAGACCAGCUCUCAGACAUGCAAUCCUUCCUCGGAUACCUCGCCACCCUCGUCUUCGAGUACCACCAAUGUCUCUACUGCGGGUUGGAAAGGGGCACGGCGGACGGCGUGCAGACCCACAUGCGAGAUAAGGGGCACUGCAUGAUCAACCUGACUCCUGAAUCAGAGCUCCUCGAGUUCUGGGAGCUUUCAGGCAGCGAGAGCGAGGACGAGGACGCUGAGCUACCGCAAAGUACGAAGGGUGAGGCGGUAAGGCUGUCGGAGACGGAGUGGAGGCUUCCUUCGGGCGCGGUCAUUAAUUCUCGGUCUGAUGCCACGCUUCUUCGCGCGAAGCCCGGGCUCGCGCAGACGAGGGCGAAGGGCCCGCAGCAGAGGUCGAAGAGAGAUGAGUUGAAGGCCAUCGCCGCUUCAGCCGAGGAAGACUCACAGGAAGCGGACGAAAAGCCCUCACGUGGCGGUGGUGGUAGCGACCGCCGCGUCGCUGUCCGCGGGGAUAUGGGCCUCGUCGGUGUUUCGGAGGACCAGAGGCGCGCGUUGCAGGUCACGGAGAAGAAGAUGAAGAGAAGGGAGGCGAUUGCGAAGUCUGCGUACCGACAUGCGAUGGAGAUGCAGCCGAGGAAGACGAUUUACUACAAGACUGAGAAUCCUGUUUACCAGGCUGGAUGAGAGGAUGUCGAGAUUCUGGGUUUCCAGUGAUCAAUGGUGUUAUCCAAGUCUGCAAGAUGGAAUUGGGCCUUGUGGGAAUCGGUAUCCUGCGGCAUGCAUUCUGCGUCGAAUGGACACUUGAAACGUAAAAGGACUCUCUCUACGCAUUAAGACGUUUGUCUGGGAAAGAUCAAUCCUGAUUUUCCUUUCUAUCAAUCAUGGAAAAAGGGCUAGGCUACCGUGAGUCUGGAAGCCCUCCGAGAUACCACUACGCAUCUCUCAACGGGAUCAGCAACAAUAGGGCGGCACCACUGGUGGCAGAGGCCCAAGUUCAUCUUCAGACCCGCCAGCAGAACAAUGGUACUUCUUACCGCCAGGCAAUCCUCCAAGAAGUGCGGUUUGAUGGAGCGGAGAGAUAGUGAGGUCAACAAAUAUGUAGACUACAGUGAUAGAUACAGCAUAGAUAUAUCAAUCAGAUAUCCGCUUCUAC